AUGUGGACAAGGUCCUCCCAUUCUUUCAGGAUGGAGAAGCUAAGUAAUUGUUAUCGGCUCCUAUAUUUUGCAGUCCUUUUAAUAUUUCUGCUAAAGCAAACUGCUGGUUGUGGAUCAUGGGAGGGGCCCUCCACUAAACAGACUACUCGUGAUAGACCGCGGGUUACUGAAAUGGCUCAAGAACUGCCGACUACCGAUAAAAUUACUCGAACAAAACGAGGCGCUGUUCCACUGUUUCCUCCAUCAACACCACAACCCUAUCCUCCGCGACUGUAUCCACCGCCAAGAUAUCGACCGCCACCAUUUAUACCACCACCGUCAGUUAUACAACGACGAAGAAUUCUUGGAAUAGCUUACUGUUCAGGAGACAGCGAAUUAAAAGACAAUGCGGAAAAGAUUAUCUUCGAAACCAGACGAAUGCCUUCGAUAAAGCCAAUUCCUUCUCACACUCUUGGCCCUGGCUCGUAA